UGCGCUACGCGUUUGAAUAUCCUAACGAACUCGUGACUGUGGUGUAUUGUGAAAACUGUCAAAAUGCCAGAGCCUGCGAAGUCAGCCCCAGCUCCCAAAAAGGGGUCGAAAAAAGCCGUCACCAAGACCCAGAAGAAAGGGGACAAGAAGAGGCGGAAGACAAGGAAAGAGAGUUACGCCAUUUACGUGUACAAAGUAUUGAAACAGGUGCACCCGGACACUGGCAUCUCCUCAAAGGCGAUGGGCAUCAUGAACUCGUUUGUUAACGAUAUCUUCGAGCGUAUCGCCGGGGAAGCGUCGCGUCUGGCGCACUACAACAAGCGCUCCACCAUCACAUCACGGGAGAUCCAGACGGCCGUGCGACUGCUGCUGCCGGGGGAGCUGGCCAAACACGCCGUGUCCGAGGGUACAAAGGCAGUGACCAAAUAUACCAGCUCUAAGUGAAAAUGAACGAAUAAGACUGACAUGGAAAAUAGAGACUGUGGUCUUUGAGGAUGAAAGAUGAAUACCAUAUACUGUUGAUUGAUUAAGCUCUGGCCUUCCGUGAAACCAACAUUCACCUGAGAUUGUUCCUGUUUGUGAGACAUUCGCACGUAUGAUCACUUGUACUGUACUACUAUGGCAUAUGGCUUGUUAUUUGUUAACUAAUGUUGCUGUAACUCAAAUCGCCGAAGAAAACACUGUGGCUUUUUUUUUUUUUUUAUGGAUUUCUUCUUGACAGAUACGUGGUGAACUUGCUAUUCUGUAUUCAUAUUAACACAAUGUUUCAUGCCUAAAUGUUUCUUCAUAAUUUCCUUACCAUUUACCACAAAUAAACAUAUUGGUUAAUGGUAAAUACAA